AAGAAACAUUAACGGUGAUGAUCAAUCAAGCCAAGAGGCAGAGCCGCCGCGUGGGAGCGGUUCUCGCGGCGGCCAUAGCUUUGCUGGGGAUUUACGUCUCCACGGCCGCGGCGAGCCAACACGGCGUGCGGUACGACGGAAGGUCGUUGAUCAUCAAUGGCAAACGGAAGCUUCUCUUCUCCGGCUCCAUUCAUUAUCCUCGCAGUACCCCUGAGAUGUGGCCGGACCUCCUGGGGAAGGCGAAGCGCGGCGGGCUCAAUGUGAUUCAGACUUACAUCUUCUGGAAUGGCCACGAGCCUCUUCAAGGCCAGUACAAUUUCGAAGGGAGAUAUGACGUGGUGAAAUUCGUAAGGAUGAUUGGUGAAAUGGGGAUGUACGCCACCAUUCGGGUCGGUCCUUUCAUAGAAGCUGAAUGGAAUCAUGGAGGAUUCCCCUUCUGGUUGAGGGAGGUCAAGAACAUUACUUUCCGUACCGACAAUGCUCCUUUCAAGUACCAUAUGAGGAAAUUUGUGAGGAUGAUAGUGGACAUGUUUAAGAGGGAGAAACUGUAUGCAUCACAAGGAGGUCCCAUAAUCAUGUCUCAGAUAGAGAAUGAAUAUGCCAAUGUUGAAAGAGCGUUCAAAGAUUCAGGCUCGCGAUACAUUCAAUGGGCAGGGAAUAUGGCUGAAAGGCUUAAAACCAGAGUUCCAUGGAUUAUGUGCAAGCAAAUUGAUGCUCCUGAUCCUCUGAUCAAUACUUGCAACGGAAGGCACUGUGCAGAUACAUUCCUUGGUCCAAACAAACCAUACAAGCCUUCUCUAUGGACAGAGAAUUGGACUUCUCAUUAUACAGUGUUUGGAGAGCCUUCAUACUACAGAACGGCAGAAGACAUAGCAUACUCAGUUGCUCGAUGGUUCGCGAGGAAUGGGACUCAUGUCAACUACUACAUGUACUAUGGAGGGACAAACUUUGGAAGAACAACUUCAUCCUUCUCCACAACUCAAUACUAUGACGAAGCUCCUAUAGACGAAUAUGGAUUGGAGAGGGAGCCAAAAUGGGGGCACCUAAAGGACCUACAUAGGGCACUAAAGCUAAGCCAAAAGGCACUACUCUGGGGGCACCCUUCUGUUUGGAUGUUGACUAAGGAUGUGGAGGUUUGCAUCUAUGAUCAGCCGCGGAACAACGUAUGUGCAGCUUUCUUGACCAACAACAAUAAUGACAAUGUAUCAACUGUUAAGUUCCGGGGACAUGAGUACCACCUGCCUCCAUACUCUGUCAGCAUUCUACCUGAUUGCAAGACUGUGGUUUAUAACACCAUGACAGUGGUGGCGCAACACAAUGCAAGGAGGUUAGUGAAAUCAAGACUAGCUCAUUGGAACCUGAGAUGGGAAAAUUACAAAGAAGUGAUCCCAACUCAACUUGGAUACUUCUCUUGGAAGCCAAAGGAGCUUUACCUCUUGACAAAGGAUACAACUGACUAUGCUUGGUACACAACCAAUUUGAAUUUCAGAAUUCAGGUUAAAAAGCAAGAUUUGGGUUUCCCUCUUGUGCUAGAAGUGGCUAGCCUGGGGCAUGCAAUGCUUGCUUUUGUUAAUGGUGAAUUUGUUGGAUCUGCUCAUGGAAGCCAUGAUGAUAAGAGCUUUGUACUGAAAGUACCCAUCCAGCUGAAGCCAGGGGAUAAUUCCAUUACAUUGUUAGGUAGCCUUAUGGGACUUCCGGAUAGUGGAGCUCGUUUAGAGAAAAGGUACGCAGGGCCUCGGGGAGCUUCAAUCAUAGGGAUGAAAUCCGGUCCAAUUGAACUGACCUAUAAUGGAUGGGGGCAUAAGGUAGGUUUGGAUGGAGAGGAUGCUCAAGUUUACACAGAGAACGGAUCGCGUAGAGUGAGAUGGACAAAGCUUCAGAAACCAGGUCGUGCUCUUACUUGGUACAAGACAUACAUGUUUAAUCCAGAGGGGAGAAAUCCUGUGGCAGUUCGGAUGAAAGGAAUGGGGAAAGGAAUGGUGUGGAUUAAUGGAAACAACAUAGGGAGAUACUGGAUGUCUUACCUUUCUCCACUUGGCCAACCUACUCAAUCAGAGUACCACAUUCCAAGAUCAUUCCUUAAACGUGGCAGGAAUCUGAUGGUGAUACUAGAGGAAGAGGAAGGAACUAACCCCGAGAAGAUCGAGAUCUUGACGGUAUAUCGAGACAUCAUAUGCAGCGAUACAACAGAGAACCACAUACCCGCGGUGAAGUCAUGGGCAAGGAAGCAAGGAAAGAUCUUGAGUGUGGUCAACAAGGUUCGAGCAGAGGCUCGACUGAGGUGUCCUUUCCAAAAGAGAAUUGUCUCCGUGGAGUUCGCAAGCUUUGGGGAUCCUUAUGGUACAUGCGGAAGCUACACCAGAGGGAAUUGCAGCUCUCCAUUAUCAAAGUUCAUCAUCCAAAAGCUUUGCCUUGGGAAGAAUAGAUGUCAUGUACCUGUAGAGAGGCAACUUUUUGACAGGUAUCAAGAUUGGUGUCCAGAGGUGCAGAAGAGAUUGGCAAUUCAAGUGAAGUGUGGCUAUUAGGAUUUAUGGAGGGUUAAUGAUAGGGCAGAUAUUUUUUUCGAUUAGAUUAGAGUAGGUUAAUUAUUUUUGGUUGGGUCGUUUCUUUUGUUUUCUUGAGAGCAAGUGGUUUGUAGGGUUUCACUCAGGCAUAGUUUUUAUCCAAGUUUUGGACAAGUAGGUCAGAUUAGAAGGACUGAAUUAGGAGAUUGAAUUUGUUUCGUUCUUUCUAGUUAGAGAAUACUUUUUGAUUUGGUUAGAAUGAAAGAAAAUCUUAUACUAAAGGAGAGAGAGGUUUGUAACGAG